CACGGAUGUAUUCUCCCCUUCCACGGGCACAUAAAAGUCCCCCCGCAAAUCCGGCUGUCGUUCAUUACUUCAUAAUCUGCUCCAACUGCUAUUCUUUCGUUCUAUUAAGCCUAUCGGACCGUUCCGAUGUCUUCAUUUCGCAUAAUCGCAUUCUUUGCCUGUCUUGUUUCAUUAGUAAUAUCUUCACCCGUCCAAAGGAGAGAAAAUGCAGCUCCAACAGGCCCAAUCCUUUCGGCAGACUUCCCAGACCCGUCUAUCAUCAAGAUCAGAGACACAUGGUAUUCCUUCAGUACCAGCUCAGGAGACCGCAACGUGCAAGUGGCAUCGUCUCGAGAUUUCCGAACCUGGACUCUCAUCACCGAAAACGGACAAAUAAAAGACGCCCUCCCAAGACUCGGUGACUGGGUCACUACAGACGCAUCUGGCAACCCCAUGGUCUGGGCGCCAGACGUCAUAAAACGUGACGACGGCAUGUAUGUCCUCUACUACUCCGCCCUCAACACCCCUCGCCUCCACUGCAUCGGCCACGCAACCUCCUACCAAAUCACGGGGCCCUACACCCCCGCCCCAACCGCCCUCAUCUGCGGCGACACCACGCUCUCCCAAGGCGGCGCCAUCGACGCCUCGGGGCUCCGCGAACCCGACGGCUCACGCUACAUCGCCUACAAAAUCGACGGCAACGCCAUCGGAUCCGGCGGCAACUGCGGCAACGGCGACGGCGCGCGGUCCACGCCCAUAAUGCUACAGCCCGUCGCCGAAGACGGCGUCACCUUUGUCGGCCCCGCGAUCAAGAUUCUGGACCGUGAUGUCGCGGACGGUCCGCUUGUCGAGGCGCCUAGUAUUAUCCGUCUUGACGAUGGUCGGCACGCGUUGUUCUUUAGUAGUAAUUGCUACACGAGUCCUAUGUAUGAUGUCAGCUAUGCCAUCUCGGAGAGCGGGGUGGCUGGUCCGUAUGCGAAGAGUGAUGCGCCGCUGCUGAUAACGGGCAUGUAUGGACUGACGGCGCCAGGAGGCGCGAGUGUGUGGAAUGUGCAGGGCCAGAGUGGGUACAAGAUGGUGUUUCAUGCAAACUCGAAUACGGGGAGGAGUAUGUGGUCGGCGGAUCUGGACGUGAGUGGGAGGAAAAUUAGUUUAAUUUAAUGUUUUAUGGGAAGACGGAAUGAAUUUGUGGUGGGACGUGUCAGUGUUGGCCAGAUCAAGGGGAGGGGUGUUUUGGUUAGGGUUGUGUGCUGCACGAGCGUCUGAUUCCUUUACGGAAUCUUCUUGUGCUUGCGGUAUGAUACCAUAGCAGCUAGUAUACAAAAUACAGCGCA